AUGCUGUCUGGCGAGGGCGAGAAGCACAAUUCAUUUCAAGGCGAGGCAUCGUCGUCCUUGUUUCCGGCGGGGUUCCGUGUUGGGCAUGCCCGCGCGGAGGACGUCCUUGACAGUGAGGUUGGCACGGAACAUUUGGGCGCUAUCUACAAACCUUGA